AUGUCUCAGUUUUUGCUUGGAUUUAGACUCAGCGCUGUGAUUGGGAUGUAUCUGGCUCAAUACUGAAAGACUCCAAACUUGGCCAAAAAGCUUGAAGAUAUAAAACAAGACGUGGAUGCCAAGAAGAAACCCCCUAGUCCUUAA